AAACAAAACAUAAAAAAAAAAACAAAAAAUCAAUCGUUCUUCAUCUUCUCCAAUUCUCCUAAUCAUUCAUGCCUCCUCUAAAGUCCCAAACCAAGACAUCAAAACCCUAGUCCUAGCUUCUUUGCCGCCGGCAUCCCCAGGCUCAGCGCUUCCGCUUCUUCCUCUUCCCUCUGUCCGGAACCUAGGUAGCUCAGCACGUCGUCCCCAUCCUCGUUGGCUUCUCUGUCCAUGGCCAGGGAAAAAGUUAAUAUCUUCCCCUCCUUCCCUGUUUUCCUAGUUCCCAAAAUUUAAAAUCUACUUUGCGACUUGAGCUGGAGUUUGCAGUUAUUUAUGUUCUUCUCUCGCUUUUGCAGUGCGGAAUCGAAGUCCAAUACCAAGUUAGAUAAAAAAGUUCAAUUUUACUCUAAGGUGAAAGAUGCUGUGGCUUGCUUGAGUGCUCAAAAGUCUAUUACUAAGGCUCAUUUUCUUGGACUAAAACGGAAUCUCAUUCCUCAAGCAACUCCGAUUUCUUUUGUGGAGCUGAUUUUAACUAUCAUAAAAUUUCUCUCAGGUAAUGAUCGCACAAAGGGGUUACCUCUUCCUUUUGCUGGUUUGUCUUUUUAUUUCUCUUUUGUUGUCAUGCUAUUUUACUUUUAUUUCUUUCUCUUUUGUCUUCCUUUUUGGCUCAAUGCAAUGAAAAACAAUGAAGUGUUAGCUGAAGAGGGGGCUGUUGGAUUAGCAAUAUGGGUUCCCUCUGUGACAAACCGGAAGAAGGAAAUUGACAACAAAUCUGAUACAAGAAACUCACCUAAAGGAUAUUCUCCAGUUUCACCUGCUGAUGAAAAUGAAGAUAACUGGAGACAGGCAAAUGCUGCUGAUGGUUUAGAACUCUCUGUUGUUAGUGAUGCUGCUGAUCAUGAAGCAAUUGACAAGAAACUUCAUCUCAAAAAUCUUAAGGUUUCUCAGGCCAUGUCUGACAGCUAUCUGAAGGUUUCAUCAUCUGCAACCCUGAAAGAUGCAAUCCAAUGCAUUCAUGAUGGCUACCAGAACUGUGUGCUAGUGGUCAAUCAAGAAGGUUUUCUGGAAGGAAUACUGACAUAUGGUGACAUCAGAAGGUGUCUUCCCGAGAAGUCUAGUGACACUUCUAUGAGGGAUUCAGGAUUUGUGGAUUGUGAUCUAGCGAAGUGGGUGAGCGAGAAUAUAAGGAUUCUUUGUGGCGAUGAGGUCGAAGAAGGAAUGGAGAAUGGUGUGCGAGGAAAUGGAGAAAAACUUGCAAUGAAUGAUGGAAACUACGAAGGAGGAACACUGGUUUUAACAGUGUGUGGCUUUGGUUUCGAUGAUUCCAAUGAAAAGGGAAGAAAACAUCAGCGUCACGGUUUCAAAACUCACCAAAUCAUGAAGCAGCUUCUGAUUGCGCGAAGGAGGCUGACGGCGACACUCGAAGCAAGAAGACGACAAGCCCCAGGACCUGCUGCUUCUGUCGCCAGCGACGAAGAGCGCAACGAAGGCGCGCGACUAUGUGCAAGACGAUGA